AUGCCAGCGGUCACGCUGCGCUACAGGCCCGUGCUGAGAUCACAGCUGCUUCAGCGGAUGGACAAGUUCCAGCUGCAGAACGUCAUGAACUCCACCUGGGCCUUCGCCAAGCUCAGCUGCGCGGACGCGGAGCUCAUGGUGCGCUCUCGGAUUGUCGGAAGGGCUGUUUGGCUUAUCCAGAGGGAAUCCGGUGACCGGGAUUCCGGCCCGGUUCCAUUCCUUCGAUUUCCUUCGAUUCGCGCGCGGCCGCGCUCACGCGGGGCGGGGGGAGCUUUCGAGCGAAUCAUGUCGGCCAUCUUCGAAAACCUGCGGAUGCUGAUUACGGUGGUGGAUGAGCUGCGGGACGUAGGGCUGCAGCACUACAUCAGCCUGCCGCGGAUUGCGGCCAUUGGCACGCAGAGCAGUGGCAAGAGCUCGCUCAUCGAGUCCAUCGUGGGUUUGGACUUCCUGCCCCGCGGCGGCGGCGUGGUGACCCGCCGGCCGCUGGAGCUGCGCUUGGUGCAUCUCAACACCCAGGAGUAUGCAGAGAACGAAGCUUGGGCCGUUUUCGACAAGAUCGGCGACAAGAAGUUCCACAGCUUCGAGGAGGUGAGACAAGAGAUCGAGCGGCAGACGGACCAAGUGGCCGGGGCCAACAAGGGCAUCGUCAACGACCCCAUCAUUUUGACUAUCUACGCCACCGGUGCGCCGGACCUCACUUUGAUCGACCUGCCCGGCAUCACCCGGGUGCCGGUGAAAGGUAGUGACCAGAAAGAUGAUGUGGAGAAGGUCACCCGGGACAUGACCUUGCACUACAUCAAUGACCCCAGGACGAUUGUGCUGGCCGUCCUUCCGGCAAAUCAGGACAUGUCGGUCUCAGACUCCUUGGCCCUGGCGCGGCAAGUGGACCCCCAGGGCAUGCGCUCCAUCGGCGUCAUCACCAAGAUCGACAUCAUGGACCAGGGCACGGAUGCCGCCACUAUGCUGCGGGGCGAGGACGUGCCUUUGCGCCUGGGCUACGUGGGGGUGAAGAUGCGUAGCCAGCAGGACAUCCUCAACAAGAAGCCGGUAAAGGACUCCUUGAAGGAGGAGAAGGAUUGGUUCGACAGCCACCGGGUCUACGGCAAGCUGCCCCCGGGCCUGGUGGGCACCCCAGUUUUGAUCGACAAGCUCACGCAGGUCCUCUUCAAGCACAUCCGAAGGUUCCUGCCGGAGAUCAAGAAGGAGAUCAACGAGAAGCGGCGGGUGGUCCAGGACAGGUUGGAUGAGCUGGGUGAAGGCGUUCCCUUGGAGCCAGGAGAACGGGUUCAAGUGAUGUGGACCUUGGUCACCGACUACUGUGAGAUGUUCAAGAACACCAUCCGCGGCAAGUACGACCGCAAGCUCCAGCGCUACACCGUGAACUUGGGGACCUCCGACAAGACCUCGGCCGGCAACAAGAUCCGCACCAUCAUGAACGACUUCCUCAUCGACUUCUGCGAAACAAAAAUCACCUCGGACAUGUCCGACGACGACAUCGAGCGCGCCAUCCGCUUACACGAGGGCGACUCCUUGCCUGGGUUCCCGUCCCCGGACACCUUCGAGUUCCUGGCUCUGCCGCACCUGCAGAAGCUGGCCAUCCCCGCGGUGGAGUGCGUGCACAACAUCUCGGCAGCCCUGGACGUCUUGGCCCAGCGCAUUGCCCACGCGGUCUUCCGAAGGUUCCCCAAAAUGGCGGAAUCCGUGCUGGCGAUGACUCAGGAGAUCAUCCAGGAGCAGAAGGAUGAGGCGAGAAAGAUCGUGGAGGAGCAAGUGGCCUGCUACACGGGGUACUUGUUCACCAACGACCCCGAGUACUUGACCCAGCACGGGUCCAUGGAGCCCAUGUACAAGACUCAGCAGCAGAAGCCCCCACCGCCGGUGGAAGAAGAGAAGAAGGAGCCGGGCCAGGUGGAAAAGACCUUUCAGCAGGUGAAAGAUGGCAGCCGACAGGCGUACCAAUCGGUGAGCAGCACAGUGAGCUCGAUGAUAAAGAAGAACGAAGUCCAGCGGAAGCAGCAGAGAUACAGCGGGCCCUUUGUUCAGGAGAUCCGAAAGCGAUUGGACUCCUACUUCGAGGUGACGGUGAGGAACGUGAGGGAUUCCAUUCCCAAGGCCAUCGGAUAUUAUCUCGUGAGAGCGGUGCAGGACAAGCUCCAGUUCGCGCUCCUGAACGCGCUGAACCAACCGGAUCAGCUGUCUGCGCUGCUGGGUGAGCCGCCGCAUAUCAUGGAGGAGCGCCGGACCUUGACCAACCAGCUGCAGGUGCUGCAGAAGGCCAGCGGCGUGCUGACGCGGGACCCCACGUUGGCCGCCAUCGCCUUCGAGGCCGAGGACGAGGAGCCGGCGCCCCGCCGGCCGAGCGCGGCGGGGACGGCGGCGAAUGUGGCGAACGCGGCGGCGCCGGUGGUGUCCAAAGCGCCGAGCUCCUUGGGCGCCCUGGGCGGAGGCGCGGGGGGCCCGAGUGGACCCCCCAAGUCCCUCUUUGGCGGUCCGGGUCCUGCGGCCGCGCCGGCGCGGGGGCUCUUCGAUGAGCCCAAGCGGGCGCCGGCAGCACGGAACCCCCUGAUAGACGGGUGAGCCCCAUGGGGUGGCACCUGGAAAAACGGACCCCUUGAGGAGAUUGAACAAGUUCCAG